AUGGCAUCUAGAAACACUCUCCGUCGAGCUCUGCUCUACAUCCCCGGCUCCUCCCAACGCUUCAUCGACAAAUCCCGCACCCUAACCGCCGACUGCGUAGCCUACGACCUCGAAGACAGCGUCACUCCGCACAAGAAAGCCGAAGCGCGGUCCCUGGUGCGACAGGCCCUCGACCAGCCCGCACCGCCGGGGAUCCGCGAACGGGCAGUCCGCAUCAACUCGGUAGACAGCGGUCUGGCCCUGAGUGAUCUGACCGAAGUGCUCAAAUCCCCCAACCUCACCACCCUCGUCAUCCCGAAAGUCAACUCCCCCUCCGACCUAACCUUCAUCACCGACGUAAUCACCCACACCCUCUCCACCAACCCACAACACGAACGCAAAACCCCCAUCUCCCUCCUCGCGCUCAUCGAAUCCGCCAAAUCCCUCACCAAUCUCACGCAAAUCACCUCCAGUACGCCCCUCCUCCAGGGCUUGAUCUUCGCGGCCGAGGACUUCGCCCUGGACUUGAGCAUCACUCGGACCCCGUCGCUACGGGAGUUUCUCUUCGCGAGAUCAAUGAUCGCGACGGCGGCGAGGGCGGCGAAUUUGCCGUCGACGAUUGAUCUCGUGUGUACGGAGUAUAAGGGGAAGGAUGGGGGAGUGCCGAAGGUGUUGGAGGAGGAGUGUCGGGAUGGGAGACGGUUGGGGUUUAAUGGGAAGCAGUGUAUUCAUCCGUCGCAGGUGGAGACGGCGCAGCGGAUCUUUGGGCCUGAUGCGAAGGAGGUGGAGUGGGCGGUGAGGGUGUGUGUGGCGGAUGAGAAGGCGGCGCGGUUGGGGAGGGGGGCGUGGACGCUUGAUGGGAAGAUGAUUGAUGUGCCGGUUGCGGAGAAGGCGAGGGCUAUUGUGAAGAAGGCGGAGGAGUGUGGGGUGGAUGUCGGGGAGGUGAGGGAGAAGUGGAAGGGGCAGGAACCGGAGUAG